CCGUCGGAUAAACCGACGCUUAUCUUGGGGCCGGAUGAGCGCGGGGACUGGACCGCCCCUGCUCCUGCAGACGCGCUGCGGCCGCGCGGGGCCGGACCAGCGGCUGCCGGGAGCCGGCGGGGAGGGGAAGAACCCCAGGGCUCCAUGGGCGCCUCCAGGCUCUACACCCUGGUGCUGGUGGUGCAGCCUGAGCGAGUUCUCCUGGGCAUGAAGAAACGGGGCUUCGGCGCCGGCCGGUGGAACGGCUUCGGGGGCAAAGUCGAAGAGGGAGAGACCAUCGAGGACGGGGCCAAGAGGGAGCUGCAGGAGGAGUGCGGCGUGACCGCGGACACGCUGCACAAAGCAGGCCGCAUCGAGUUCGAGUUCGAGGGCCAGCCGGAGCGCAUGGACGUGCACAUCUUCCGCGCCGACAGCGUCCAGGGGACCCCGGCGGAGAGCGACGAGAUGCGGCCUCAGUGGUUCCCGCUGGACCGGAUCCCCUUUGCCGACAUGUGGCCCGACGACAGCUACUGGUUCCCCCUCCUGCUUCAGAAGAGGAAGUUCCACGGGUACUUCAAGUUCCAGGGGCAGGACACCAUCCUGGACUACCAGCUGCGCGAGGUGGCCGACGCCUAGAGGCGGAACUGGGCCCUGCCACGGCCGGGUUCCCCGUCUGGAACUCGAUGGGAGGGGAAGGGAAAUGUAAUAAACGUCUUUUGCUUUUUCAA